UCAUGGAUUACACCCUGGAGCCCAACGUGACAGCCGUAACUGACUACUACCCCGACGUCUUCUCAAGCCCCUGCGAUGGGGAACUCCCUCAAAGGAAGAGCAAGUUGCUUCUUGUCACCUUCUACUGUGUCAUGUUUGUGUUAGGCCUCCUGGGAAACAGCCUGGUCAUCUUUGUCCUCGUGGCCUACAAGAAGUUGAAGAGCAUCACGGACAUCUACCUCUUGAACUUGGCCCUGUCCGACCUGCUUUUUGUCUUCUCCUUCCCCUUUCUGACCCACUACCAACUGGACCAGUGGGUGUUCGGGGCGGUGAUGUGCAAGGUGGUCUCCGGCCUGUAUUUUAUUGGCUUCUUCAGCAGCAUGUUCUUCAUCACCCUCAUGAGCAUGGACAGGUACGUGGCCAUCGUCCAUGCCGUGUGUGCCAUGAGAGUGAGGACAGUCAGGAUGGGCACAACCCUGAGUCUGGCUGUGUGGCUCACUGCCAUUGCUGCCGCCAGCCCGUUGCUUGUGUUCUAUCAAGUGGCCUCAGAAGAUGGCAUUCUCAAGUGUUACUACUUCUACAACCAGCAGAGCAUGAAGUGGAAGAUCUUCACGCACUUCGAGAUGAACAUUCUGGGUCUGCUGAUCCCGUUCUCCAUCCUGCUCUUCUGCUACAUCCGCAUCCUACAGCAGCUGCGCAGCUGCCACAACCGCAACAUGACCAAGGCCAUCAGGCUGGUGCUGCUCGUGGUCGUUGCCUCUUUGCUCUUCUGGAUCCCGUUCAAUGUGGUCCUCUUCCUCACUUCGCUGCAUGACAUGCACGUCUUGGACGGCUGUGUCACGAACCAGCGGCUCAUCUAUGCCACCCAUGUCACGGCAAUCAUUUCCUUUACCCACUGCUGCGUGAACCCUGUCAUCUACGCUUUCAUGGGUGAGAAGUUCAAGAAGUACCUCGCAGACAUAUUCCAGAAAAGCUGCAGCCACCUCAUCUUCUACCUAGGAAAAAACGUGCCCCGGGAGAGCUGGGAGAAGUGGCCUUCCUUCCACCAGUCUUCUUCCCGUUCCUCCACCGUGGACUACAUCCUGUGAGGGGGUGGCCUCAAAGCAAGCCGCUGCCUCCAUUCCCACUCUCCCGUAAGAAUGCGCCAGUGAUGUACAUGGACCUUGGGGGAGAGCCUUCAGACCGAUGCCCUCCCUAUGGCAGUCAAUAGGUUUCCUCUAUCACAAGUUAGUCUCCACUUUCAAAAAUUUGCUACUAUUUUCAGAAGUAGCCCGUUAUUAAGUAUAACAUUAGCAGUAGGGUAGUUAAAAAAAUCAUAAUCUUAAUGAAGCUGUCGUCUAUUCUCAGCUUUCUGAACAUCUUUAUUAUAUAUGAACUUCAGUGUUACCAAGUGCUUUUUCCUUCUGUAUUGGGGUCAUUAGUUUUUCUUUGUUAGUCUACUAGCUUAGUGGAUUACACUGAUUUGUGUGUCCUAAACCAACAUAUGUUUUCCCUGAAAAAAACAUAGAAAGAUCUUUUCAUAAUCUCAAUCAGCAUGUA